CCCCCGACGGAGUCGCCAUCUUUCUGCUCUGGGAGCCCAGAUGCUCCUGUCCUCCUCGCACAGUCCCCACAGGAAAGCCAAAACUUCAGUGUAACCGUCAGAAUCAAAGUGUCUAAGAAGCACCCCCUCCUUUGGAUACCAGAGAAAAACUAACAGCCUGGACAGUCUGCCCUAAGGUCACCCUGGGAUCUCGGAUCUUGGCACCCCCACCCCCAUCUUAAGGAGAACAGUGUCUGAGUUUAAGUCUGCCAUCUGCAAGAAGCGUGUUGUAUCCCUACGAUGCUCUGCUAUCAUCUCAGGACCGCCUGGAAUCCACUGUUUGGGGUUGCCAUGGACACAGGGUUCUUAACUCCAGUACUGCCCGGUAGAGGCAUCAGGUGAAGACCUGGAGCCCCUUCCAGGCGCAAAAGCAGCCUUACCUGCAGGUGACCGGAUCCUGGCCGAGCGAGCGCAGGGGACGCCAGGAGUCCGUCUGUACCCUGGCCUGUUAUGGUUGGAGCAAAAAUAGGCAGAAGCCUGAGAGCUGAGCGUGAGCUGGCGCUCCUGUUCACUUGUAAAGACUGUUUACAGAUUAAUUCUAGAUUAAAUUCAGCCACAAAACAAUACUAUGCAGAGAUUAAAGAAGAACGCUUUAUGUCUCUGGUUCAUGUGUCGAAAAAGAAAUAGGAAUGCUGCAGAUGAACUGACGUCAGUAAUCUCUGAUAGACCCGCCAAUGCACGGAAUGCUGUGGGUGAACUGACGUCACUAAUCUCUGAUGGAGCCGCCAAUGAAAGGAAUGCUGCAGAUGAACUGACGUCAGUAAUCUCUGAUAGACCCGCCAAUGCACGGAAUGCUGUGGGUGAACUGACGUCACUAAUCUCUGAUGGAGCCGCCAAUGAAAGAGUUAUGGUCGCCCCUUCAAGGUCCUCUGACAACAGUGAGAACAAGGGGAAUGCUGCAGAUGAACUGACGUCACUAAUCUCUGAUGGAGCCGCCAAUGAAAGGAAUGCUGCAGAUGAAGUGACAUCAGUAAUCUCUGAUAGACCCACCAAUGCAAGGAAUGCUGCAGAUGAACUGACGUCACUAAUCUCUGAUGGAGCCACCAAUGAAAGGAACGCUGCAGAUGAAUUGAUGUCAGUAAUCGCUGAUGGAGCCGCCAACGCAAGUCAAAUAGAACAACUUUCCAACCUUGAUAAUGGUGAUGAAGACAUCAAUUUUUCUAAUUCAUGUGGUAGUGUGAUUAAGUGGAUUAUGAACUUAAUUUUAUCAUCUUUAACAGUGAGAAUAUUUGGAGUUUUGCUGACCUUUGUGGAUUUGUCCCUCAUCAUCACAGACCUAAUUGUCACUGACAACCUGUGUAUGUCUUUGGGAAUUCAUGCACUUUCUUUAGUCAUUGCUCUGUUUUAUUUAACGGAUGUUCUUCUUCAAGUAUCUGUAGAAGGGGUACAGUCUUAUUUUUUUGACAUACUUAACUCCGUAGAUGCUGUCAUUAUUGUGGUAACUCUACUGUUUAAUAUUGUUUAUAUUUUUUACAUUUUUUGUGUCAUUGAGAUUCUUAAAGAUAUUACCAGACUGUCAACUGUAUUUCGACUUCUGCGACUUAUCAUUCUGUUAAGAGUCUUUCAUCUGGCUUAUCAAAAAAGACGUCUUGAAAAGCUGUGCAGAAGGAUGGUUUCAGAAAAUAAACGGCGAUACAAGAAGGAUGGAUUUGACUUAGAUCUCACUUACAUUACUGAACAUAUUAUUGCCAUGUCAUUCCCAUCUUCUGGAAAGAUGUCUUUUUAUAGGAAUCCCAUCAAGGAAGUUGCACGAUUCCUGAAUACCAAACAUCAAAACCACUACCAAGUCUACAAUCUAUGCAGUGAAAGAGAUUAUGAUCCUAAGUAUUUCCAUUAUAGAGUCCAUCGAAUAAUGAUUAAUGACCACAAUGUCCCUUCUCUGAGUGGGAUGCUGACAUUCACCAAGGAAGUAGCCGAGUGGAUGGCUCAAGAUAAUGAAAAUAUCGUUGUGAUUCACUGUAAGGGAGGCAAAGGCAGAACUGGAACUAUGGUGUGUGCCUUCCUUAUUGCCAGUGAAAUAUUUAAAACUGCAGAGGACACCCUUUAUUACUUUGGAGAACGACGAACAGAUAGAAGCAUCAGUGCUAAAUUUCAGGGGAUAGAGACUCCUUCUCAGAGCAGAUAUGUCGGAUACUUUGCGGAUGUGAAAAAUAUCUACAACUGCACUCUCCCUCCAGUAAAAGUGCUCACGAUCAAAGAGAUCAUUAUUUAUUCGAUUCGUGGUGUUGGAAAAGGCAAUGGAAAUGAUAUAAAAAUACAAAUAACAAUGCAGCAAAAGACCAUCUUUUCCUGUUCUGCUUCCAAAAACUGUACGGUGACUCACGAUGCUGAAGCAGACAGAGCGAUAUUUAACCUGGUCAACUGUCCACCUCUGUAUGAUGAUGUGAAAAUGCAGUUUUUCUGUCCGGAUCUUCCUAAAUACUAUGACAACUGCCCAUUUUUCUUCUGGUUCCAUACAUCUUUCAUACAAAGUAACAGGCUUUAUCUUUCAAGAACUGAAUUGGAUAAUCCCCAUAAACCCAAAACAUGGAGCGUUUACCGUCCCGGGUUUGCGGUUGAGGUCUGUUUUGAUGAGGCCUUGGCUGGCACCUAAUUGUGCUGCCCCCCUUCCAGGACAGAACCGCGCUCUCCACACCCCCUGCUACUUCCUGCCGUCUUCUAAACCCACUUCCCCACUAGCAUCCUUGUUUACACACAUGUACAUAUGUUUCUUAGAAACCUAUUAAAUGCAUAGAAGAUAAAAUGUCAAUGGCAAUUUUUGUUUUGAAGGAACUUACUUCAUACGGUUUCAUCCAUGUUGAGAUAAAUUCAGAACAUAGUACAGAGACGUCACCACUUUUCAGAACUUUGAAAUACAACUUCCCUAUCAAAAUACUUGCUACUCAAAAACUGUGAUUUCCCCUCAAUAUUGUGGGCUUAUUUCAUUUACUUAUAUAUUUUUGGACAAGUAUUUUUCCCUGCUUUGUUUUAUUUGUAACCUUCAGAUUUAUGAGACGGGCAAUUCUUUUAUUUCUCCACUUGAUUUACAAACUGUUAACAGACAUCAACUGGCACCAAAGGCGGUCUUAAACCCAGAGGAAUGUUCACCUGCCUUUUCUCCUGUGUUCCUCCUUCCCCUCUUUCAUUACACCCAGGCAUUGGGAGGGCACAGAGUCUCGUAAUAUGAAGGAUAAAGAAUUUACAGUAACUUCCGCUUUUGUGUGACAUCACUAGCGAAGUCAAAGGGAGUCUGCCUGGGGAAACCUAGGUUUACCUUAAAACCCACAGCCCCUACCCAAGCUUGGGGACAUCUGUGCGGGCAGGCCCCCCUUUCCUUACAAACACCAGCUAGUGCCAUGUCCAUUUUCUCUUUGCUACGGGUAUUGUUUUAGUCUAAGUACCUUCACUGCCAUUUUUGUCCUUAGGCCAUAACUGUCCUUAAAAACAGCUCUUUUUCAGCCUCAUUGAAAUUCUCCCUAUUUGAGUGAUGUUCCUUUGACUGGCAGGCUGUCCGCAAUCCAGACCAAGGUGAAUUCAUCAAGAAUGACAGGCAGAACCAGCACCUCUGCUGGAAUAGCUCAUUCGCUCCUGAAAAGCCCUGCCCUCUGCAAAAAGCACAGUAAUGAAGGGGACAAGGGUUUGGGGGUCUGCUAGGCACUGGCUGCCCAGUGGGCAGCCCAGCUGGCAGAGGUCACCACAGCGCUUCAUUAGGGGAACCACGGCAGCUCUUUAAUUGAGCAGGGCU